UCAUCACCACCGCGCAACCCGAGAAUCGAGACAACGACUACUACCUCGAAGCGACCUAUUACCGAUGACGGAUGCUUCUGUUCAUCGUCUGGGCCGCCGUAAUUUGAUGAUCACUUAAUCUGAGCGGGUGUUGAAAUUUAUCAUUGUGGAAGUGUUAUUCCAGAUCAAGAGAUAGUUACCGGACAAGAUGGCUCAAGACGAGCGCCCUGGAGACGACGAACCCGGAUUGUCACAGCUUAACGAUGGAGAGGCAUCUCAUGCCGAAAUACAGGAAGCACAAUCGAUGGCAAAAGUCAAAGACCAAGAAUUUGCAGGUGACAAGUUCUCACCUCACGACCUAUCCAGUGCACCCAAGUUUUCUACCGGUCUUCCACCCGAGCUAUGGACUAUAAUACAAUCCGCGCCGGCAAACUUUGCGCCCGAGCACUUUCUCGAAACCAGUCGCAACCUGCUCGAGAACCCUAAUCGAACCUCAACCCAUCUUGCGCGCGCAGAACUUUCCUACCAAAGUUUUGCAGACGCUACAUUCAACCCCAAGGCCAGUACUCCAGAGGAUCUAGCGAGCAUUGUCAAGCAUCUGCGGCCAGAAUGCCGACCGCAACUGAUCGAUGGAGGCAUAGAAGGGUACGAGCUAGAGUACACAGUUGUACGGAAACUCAUACCUCGAAAUCCGAAGCUGGAUGACUCGCUGAUGCAGACUUGUCACCUACUUGUAUCGCAUGAAGACGUCACUGUCACAAGCUCAGAUGAGAAAGAGGAGACUGUCAAAGCAGAGCGGUAUAUGGUCGUAUACAUUCCUCACGCUAUCACACCAGAAGCUAUACCCUACUAUCACCCUAAAGUCCGCUCGUUGGCCAUGCUAUACACCUACUUCCUAUCAACCUCUCAAUCUUCACCUCUAUCUCUGGUCUCCGCACCGGGACACCUUUCUAUCCAUUAUUCCCUCUUUCCUAGCCAACCUCUGGAUAACCGCCUUUCCCGAACUGGUCUCAAGCUUCUGGAAGUCAUACACAAACACUCGCGCGGUGCGCGAGCUGGGUAUAAGAAACGCGUUCACCACGAUCAAGUCAUCGGGCAAAAGAGGUUCCAGGACACGUAUGCAUACUUGAAGGGUAAGUAUGCGAAAGAUUUGAUCGAAGGAUGGGUGGAGCAGACGCCUGCUGAGAAACAUGUCUUUGAAGAUCUGGGUAUUGCUGCUUUUCUCAUGCAGCUAUGGACGGACAUGUACGGCCCAAAUAAAGACAGGAUCAAACACGAUGGCGACAAUUUGGUGGAACAAGAGAAAGAUGCGGCAGAGCAAAAGACCAAAAUAGCACAAGCCAACUUCCCAGGCUUCGUAGACAUUGGCUGCGGAAACGGCCUGCUCGUCCACAUCCUCAACGCCGAAGGUUGGCACGGCUGGGGCUUCGACGCCCGGCGAAGAAAAACAUGGGAAACGUUCCCACCAAACCACACCGAGAAACUGCAAGAGAUGCUCCUCGUGCCCAAGAUCCUCCAACCACCUCCCUCAGACACUACCAACACCUCAACAUCCCAUCACAACGGCGUCUUCCCACCCGGCACCUUCAUCAUCAGCAAUCACGCCGAUGAACUCACCCCAUGGACACCGUUACUAGCUCACCUCAAUUCAUCCCCUUUCAUCGCCAUCCCAUGCUGUUCGCAUGACUUUGGUGGAACGAGAUUCCGCGCGCCGGCGCAUGCAAAACAUGUCAUUCCUGAUCCGAUGACGGCGGAGUCGAAGAAGCCCAAGCAACCCUCUGCGUACGCUAGUCUGUGUAGUUGGAUAUGCCAUCUAACAGAGGAGACUGGGUUUGUGGUUGAGAAGGAGCAUCUGAGGAUUCCUAGUACGAGGAAUAUCGCUGUGCUGGGUAGAACGCAGUACAGGGAAGAGGGACGGAAGGAUGGCCAGGCGAGUGUGGAGGAGAGACUCGAGUUCUUGAGGGUAUUGGUGGAGAAGGAGUCAGGUGGGCAACCGAUUGGGCAGACUUGUGCCAAUUGGAUGCAGAGUGGUGAUGGGUUGAUGAAGACUGGAAAGGGCGGGCAUUGAGACGGACAUUCCUCCGUCAUAAAAAAUAGUGAAGAAGGACAAGGCGCCGUAUGUCGUGCCAUGCUUCUCCAAUGUAGCAUUGAUGACAAGGAGCCGGCAUGGCCUGUCGCAAGGCACGCCCUUGAAUUCACAAGAAGCAAGUCAAAAAAGUUC